GGGCGCGGCCACGAAGCAAAGAGUGUGAAGCAGAGAAGCAGGUGACGCGACCUGACAGCCUCGCGUUCUAGAGCGAGUAAACGACUGGAGUAAAUUAUUUUCAGCUUGUGCCACCUGUAAUUCAGUCGUGCAGAAGUUCAAAAUGGGUUCGAACUGGAAGUUAUUUCCGUUACUUAUCAUCGUCCUGGCCACGUGCAUCCACGAAGGACUCGGUAUAAAAUGCUGGGUAUGCAGGUCGGAUUCUGAUCCUAAAUGCGCCGAUCCGUUUGAUAACACGACCGUUCCAAUUACGGAUUGUAAACAAGAACAACCUCUUGACCACUUACCGGGUGUGAAACCUACGAUGUGCAGAAAGAUCCGACAAAAAGUGAACGGAGAGUGGAGAUACUUUCGUAGCUGUGCAUGGAUGGGGGAGCCAGGUAUCGCAGGGGAUGAAAGGUUCUGUUUGAUGCGCACAGGGACCUACAAUAUCUUCAUGGAAUAUUGCACAUGCAAUAGUAAAGACGGCUGCAACACAGGACCAUUGGUACAUUCUAAUCAGUUUGCUGUACUGCUCGCUGCAUUAGCAACAUACCUUGUGACUUGUUUUUAUAUUAGAUAACCAAGUAGUACUUGAAAGGCAGAUUCAAAGAUGAUUUAAGAGACUGGAACCACGUGUUCGAAUGUUUAUCCGUCCACAUGUACAAUAACUUCAUGAUCAUAAGGGAUAUGAAUCUCCAGGGUUUUUCAUACUGUCUGUUUGCUCAGAUCAAAUAUUAUUGUUGAUUGAAAGACCUGUUUGAUGACCUAGAAAUGUAAUUCCGUUAAAUUCAAUAGCAAUAAAAUGGAGAUGAUAAUCUGGUACAAAUAAAAAUUAAAUAGUAACUUGUAAGUGACUGAAAAGAGGCAGCUUAUUUGAGCAAAUUUUGAAUCAAUUUUGAACUUCUAUACAUCAAGAUUUAUAGCAAGCUAUUCAUCCAAUAAUUUAUAGCUUAAUACCUUUUUAGUUAUUCUCAUUUCUAAGGUACAUUAAUUUUUUUAAUGGAUUCUCGCAAUCACGGUUUAUCAAAUUAUUCACUUUUUUAGAUGAAUACAAAAGCAGCUAAAGAUUUCUCUCCAUUAUGUAUAGAUGUAGAGCAAAGCUUGAUGCACUGAUAAUUGUAAUAUUACAUUCCAAAAACUAUUACUCAAUGAAAAACUAGUGCCUUGGCUUAUUAAACCUUAUAUGAACUAUUCAAGAAAGUAUAUAUACAUAUCAAUGAUACUCGUAAGUAUACAUACAAUAGUCUAGAAGUUGAGCAUAAUUUAUACGAGCUGGGUGACCCAAUAUUUAUCUGUUUCGUUUCAACUUUUUAUAACAGAUGUUUUCAAUAAUCGACCAUAAUUUGUAAUUUUAAAUUACCCUUAGAUUUAGAACAAUGAUUAUACAAGACGUUUUUAUAUUUUUGUACAACGUGCUGAUAUUCUAAUUCAAUAAAGACGUAAAUAUACAAUAUAAAUAGCAA